AUGCUGUGCCUAGUAUCUGGAAGCAAGCAGUCUAGGUUUACCGAUCGUUCGCGUUUCCCAAAAGAUGCUGAAAUUGGUAUUGGGGCAGCAUUUUUUGAGGUCGAUGCCAUGGAUUCGAUGGAUAUUGUAUGCCCUACAUACAGUACCCAGGAUAGCACUAACAAAUAUGAGCAACUAAUUAUCCAUCAGGUUUCCGACUUAUCGUUCAUGAGUUGCGAACUGGACAGCCGCUCACAAGCAUUUCUUGUCUGUGAUUCGCCGCUAGCAGUGGUUCCGGUCACUCACAAAAUUAUCUUCCGACAGCUUUCUCCAUCAUCCAAUGGCUUCGAAUAUCAACCAGGCCGAUCAUAUUAUUUAAUUACAACCUCAAAUGGUUCAGUGGAAGGCAUGAACAAUUCUCGGCUGGGCUUAUGUGUUACUGCCAAUUUGAGGCUGCGUAUCGAUGUUCGGCCCUCGGACACCCAUGACUUCCUAGAGUCACAAGAAGAACCUCAUUUUCACGUGAAACUAGUUAGUGCAAACCCGACUUCUCUGCUGGAAGCAUCUUGCGUUUUUCAGGCUCACGGCGGGCUGAGUAAUGAAUCGCAGAAAUUUGCCGCAAAGCAUGGCCUAGACUUGACGCGUCUGGAAUAUGUCAGGCAGCUGGCGAUGGACGGAGUUGAAGGCGACUUCUCCUUCCGGCAACUUCAAAAUAGCACAUCGAAGGUAUCAACGAAUGGGGCGCAAGCUCCUCUAACCAGUGGCCCGGGACGGCCAUACAUUUCCAGUGCAGCAGCUGAGGACGGCAGUGAGGCGUUCCACUCAACAAGCAGGCAGUCACAGCGAUGGAUUUCCAGGGAGAAGCAGAGUAGGUUCGGCAGCGUCCGAGACGCGUUCCUCGGUGAGGAUACCGACGCCAUGGAUACGGAGCAGGACUAUGUGGUGGAUGACGCAUCCUCGAUGUGCGUUCGUGAUUAUCGCGUUGGUACUCUCACGAAUCCAUGA